AUGGCUCCAGACGACGCCCCCAUCGUUACAUUGGCCGAGGGCCGGCCUGUCCAUGACCCAACCGCGGCAACUGUUCUACGUGGUGAAAAGCCCAAGGGAGGGCAGCUAUCACUUUUAUCAGACACCCAGCUCAUAGAGACCCUCGCCCACUUUCCUCGGGAGAGGAUUCCUGAGAGAGUCGUACACGCCAAAGCCGCAGGAGCAUGGGGUGAAUUCGAGUGCACUCAUGAUGUAUCAGACUUUACAUCCGCUGCUUUUCUGAGCAAGGUGGGCAAGAAGACCAAGGUCCUCGCCCGCCUGUCGACAGUAGCCGGAGAGAAGGGGUCUUCAGACACCACCCGAGACAUCCGCGGGUUCGCCCUCAAGAUGUUUACCGAAGAAGGCAAUUGGGAUUUCGUCGGCAACGAUCUUCCCGUCUUUUUCAUCCGAGAUCCCGUCAAAUUCCCGAGUCUAAACCGCUCCCACAAACGUCAUCCCCAAACCAACGUCCCUGACUCGACCAUGUUCUGGGACUUUCACAACAACAACCAGGAAGGUGUCCACUGCCUCAUGCAGCUCUUCGGAGGGCGCGGUAUCCCCAAGUCUCUGCGCAACAUCAACGGUUUCGGGAACCACACCUUCAAGUUCGGCAAGCCAGAAGACAGCACCUUCAAAUAUGUCAAGAUCCAUUUCAAGCCUGACGCUGGGAUCCAGAACCUUGAGUCUGAUGAAGCUCUCAAGUUGGCGGGAGAAGAGCCUGACUACCAUAUCAAGGACCUGUACAAUGCCAUUGAGAAGGGGGACUACCCCUCCUGGACGAUGUACUUCCAGACCAUGGAUCCAAAGGAGGCGGAAACUUACCGCUGGAAUGUUUUUGACAUCACCCGCAUCUGGCCACAGAAGGACUACCCGCUGAGACCCAUUGGUAGGCUGACUCUCAACCGCAACCCCGACAACCACUUCCAGGAUAUUGAGCAGGCAGCCUUCAGUCCCAGCACGAUGGUUCCUGGCAUCGGCCCCAGUGCCGAUCCCAUGCUGCAAGCGAGAAUGUUCAGCUAUCCCGAUGCAGCCAGAUACCGCGUGGGUCCCAACUACCAACAGCUGCCAUGCAACCGCGCCCAGUACGUCUAUUCGCCGUACCAAAGAGACGGGCCGAUGCGUGUGGACGGCAAUUAUGACGGUGAUCCGGACUAUGUCCGAUCCUCCUUCCGCUCUCUUCGUCUCGGCCCAGCAGAUAUUGCCCACGAUGAGUGGGUGGGCAAAGUCACUCAGUUCUCGUCGGAAGUCACAGACGAAGACUUUGAGCAGCCUCGUGAUCUCUGGAAGAUCUUUAAGAGCAACGGUGAAGACAAGGUCUUUGCCAAGAAUGUUGCGGCCCAUGUUGGCAAGGCUCUUCCUCAAGUACAGAAGGCGACGAUCGAGAUGUUUAAUCGGGUUGACAGGGAGGUCGGGGAGGCGAUACAGAAGGCUCUUGAUGAGUUGGAUAGCAAGGGCGGUGCGGGGAUAGAGCAUAGCAGUGCUCCUUGCUCCAAGGAGAAGAAGUAG